AUGGAGAAUGAUGAAGUCUGUGAUCGAGUCAUCGGGACACUUGACUUUCAACAAUGUGAUAUGUCCUAUAUUGAUGAGACACCCCUUGCCAGCCCAACAUCUCUCCAAGAAUCAACUACCAUCCAAGUUACAGAACCCAGUGGAUCACCAAGUACAAGUUUGCAAGAGGAUAUUGAUAGCCAAGAAUCCAGCAGCUCCAGAACAUCCAUUCAACAAGCCCUGGAAGAGGUCAUCAAUAAUCCAUUGCUGCAGGAACCAGAAUCACCAUCUCCUUACAAUUGCAAGAAAGAAAACAACUUUGUCCCCAUCAAAAAGGCUAAUCGGGACCUUCCAAUAGUUCUCAAUUUGAAGAGGAAUACCUCUCAAAAUGAAUAUAUGCAACGCAGGAAUUCUCUUGGGGAGAUUUUAUCACCCAUUACUGGAGAAGAUAUUAUCAUACCCUCUUCCUUACACCACCGAGAUAACUUGCUGUCCCAUAGUGAUCCCAAUCUGAUGGCUGAAGGAGCUACUUCAAGUUGCAGCAGUCUACCCUUGAAAGCAUGUAUUGCCACUCCCAGACAUGCUAAACGUAAACUCAAACUUCUGGAAGAUGGAGAAGUUCAAGUUUGUUGCAUUCCUCAGCAUCGAAAACUUCUACACAAGAUUCUCACGUCAAAGUACCUGAGGCGCUGGGAAACUCAUCAUCUCAUCCUGACUGACUCUGCCAUCAUCUCAAAGAAAAUGUUUGGAUACAUGAAAAAUCCAUUGCCAUAUAGUGCUAUAGAGGAUGUGUCCUAUGUGUUGACUUUGGGUUCUUCAGAAAGGAGUGUGAUAUGUCUUUCCAUAUUCAAAGACAUGUCCUAUCUUCUGCGGACUGGCAGUGCAUACCUUGGGGACCAGUGGUGUUAUUCCCUGAACUGGAAGAGAAAAAUUUUCAAAUCAAGGGAGAUCUUGAGGAGCACAAGUCGCUCUGAAGUAAUCUUGAGGGAAGUGAAGAAGAUGGCUGAUGAAGCUUUGCAUUCUCAGCUUCAAGACCAUUGUGUGCGGCAGAUUCCUCUUGAUGUCGUAUCUCACCUUUUUGAAGAGAAGAAUAAACUUUUGUCAGCUGAGCUCCAGCGGUCCGUCCUCUACAUUGUGGCCCCUUUGAUGCAGAACUUGAUUCCAUCGCGUGAUGUGUGCCUUUUCUUCUCCACCUUUUGUCACGAGAAUCCUCGUUCGGAAGUCAUUCGAGACAUCUUCACUCCUCUUGUUUCCCAUAUUUUGAAGCAUACUGUGGACUUCACCAAGACAUGUCACAUGAGAAAUUUCAUUCAAGAUUAUAUAUGGUCGUUGUAUUGCCAAAACAAUGGGAGGAUGGCAGUGAAAGAUUUUGUUGAGAGCAUGCAUGGUGAAAGCAGUUGCUGUCCCCAUCCCAGGGUUCUUCCAAACUUGGUAUCAGUCAGUUUGGCUGCCUUAUAUGCUUGCUUCUCUGAUGAAGUGCUGUCUGAGUCAGAUCUUGAGAGUCGUUUGGACUGUCAUCUUGCUGCUUUGGAAUCUAUGAUCUCCUUCUUUGAUUGGAGAAAAGUUAUGGCUCAGAUUUUACAACCUCUGCCUUUUCCUGAAAAGGCAUUACGCUCAGAUCUCUUCAUCAAGAGGUUCUCUGGUAUCAUCUAUGAAAUUGCAAGGGACUCUCGAUGUGAAGUCCAUCAGCUUCUACUGGGUGUGAGAGAUGAGAAAGAGAGCUGGCUUGAUUUGUAUCGCCCCUCAACUCUCUGUGAUGCUAUUCUUGAGGACCAGGAUGUGUGGGUGGUGAUGUUGGAAGCUCUCUUCUGCUGCUGUUUCCGGCGGAAGAGUUUUGUGCAGAAACUGGUGAAACACCUAUGGAUUCUUGAACUCCUGGCUGUGCGGGAGUCUCAUGUGGUACAAGAGAUCUUGUGCUGCAUGUUGGAAUGGGAUCUUGUAAGUGAAGAUGAAUCGGUGAUGCAGAUUGUGACAGCCUUGCAGAGUACUUCAUCAGGAAAGGCACAAUAUGCACUGUUGGUGGAAAAGAAGAGUUACUUGGCUGAACUGCAAAAGAAAGGAGGACCCAGGAAACUUACACUCCCCAGCCAGUCAACUGACACUGAUGUUGCCAAAUUGCUCAGUGGUGGCUCACUGGGAAACCUGGAGUGUUUGAGCCUUGCCUUCACAAAUGUCACUGGAGAUUGUGCAGAAUAUUUGAUCAGACUUCCUUCCCUUAGGUACCUCAACCUAUGGUCGACUCGGUUCUGUGACACCGGGCUCCAGUUGAUAGCUGAGCAUCUAAUGAAACUUCAGGUCCUGAAUCUGUGUGAGACUCCUGUGACUGACAAGGGUCUGCGCUGUUUGGUUUCCUUAGCUGGACUAAAGAAGCUAAACCUCAACAGUACAGCUCUUUCUCUUGGAACAUAUGAGUAUCUCAAGGACAAUUUACCAGAAUUAGAAGAGAUUGACAUUCGCUACACAGAUGCUUGGUCUGAACUGGCUCCUGCUAGCAGAGCUUGGCCCCGUAUGACAUAG